AUGCUGGUUGCACUCUUCGCUAUUGCCGGUCUUGCUGCCAGCGCCAAUGUUCAAAUUAAUAUGGAUUUUAACUGCACCACCUUCAACCCCGCCGGCGUCUCCGCCACCCCCUCUCCGGGAUUUGUGCUCACAACGGCAGCCACAGCUUGCUCAGACAAAUAUACUCCAGCAGCAUGUUCAGCUAUAUUCGGCGCCGAUAUUGCAAAUGCUGAUUUGCGUCCAGAAGCAUGUAGCAUGGUAGGCACCGGAACUGACGCGGUCUUCAACGAAGAUAUAAAACAACUGGCUGUUUCUUCUUGUCCUAAGCACUGCGGUUACUGUUGCGAAACUCCUGAGUACAAGUGCGAAAACAAGCCAUUCCCAAGAACCAAUUGCGCAACGGUAAAACCCGUACAAUGCACAGACCCUAAAUGGCGCCAAAUUCUGGCUGAAGACUGUCCCAAUGUUUGUGGAUUCUGUCUCACUGGUGGAUGCAUCGACGCAGCUAUUGAGUGUGCUAACGACAAAUCUAUCUGCAGAAACGUCGACAUGCAGUCAUUCGUCAAGGUAAACUGUCAAAGAACCUGUGGCUAUUGUUCUACCACAAGCCCUGGAUCCGGUGUAACAGCAGCUCCAACAUGUGUCCCUGCAGUUGCCGACAAAAAUCCUAGUUGUGCUAACUGGGUAAAGAACGGAUUCUGUAACAACACAUUCUACACUAAAGCUCAGCGACUUGCUGACUGUGGCAGAUCUUGUGCCUUCCUUUGCUGA